AUGGCGCUGAUGGCCCAACUAGCACGAGGCGAAUCCGACGACGACACUGACGACGACGUCGAGAACAAUGGCGUCAGAAGACCGACGUCGACGUCGCCGCAACCCUUUCUCUACAUCGACGAAGCCUCGCCGAUGAUCCGAAGAGCGGUUCUGACGCGUCAGUGCGCCUCCGUCGAGCAGCAGCUCCACAAAGAGCACAAAGAGCCUGAACGAGGACGGAAGAGCGAGCCGUUCCACCUCCUCAAGAACUACUUGCCGAAGCCGUUGAGGAGUCUGACGGCGAGUCCUGGCAAAGGAUCCCGCAGCGAAACUCUUCACAACCUCGCCGCCCUGCACGCUUUGCACGUCGGCGAACCCAGACGCAUGAAGAAGAGUCUCAGCGAAUUCGUCAUUGGCCGUCAGUUUUACAUCUUUUCUUCUCUAACAUUUUACAAGAUGCUUUAUACAAAACUCCAUUCACUUGUGUUUUUUCGUAUUUUUCCGUGUACAGAAAGUCUCCUAUCUCUGCCGUCUUCUUGUGCUCAUGCUCUAAGAUUUGAAGUCUUAGAGGCACCGUCGAACUUAACCCAAUAAAAUCGGUUGUAUUUUAAAACUCUAUUUGGCCAAAAAAUAUAGAAACUCUAUUUUAAAAUUUUCACAAAAGUUUUCAAUAUUGUUUUUUUCUUUUUGGCAGUCAACGUUUGUAGCUGUUCCUCAGAAAUUUCCCCAAUUUCCCGAAGUCCAAUUCUUCUUUUCAUUGUCUCCGCUUCUCAAGAGCCUAAUUUCAGUUCUUUCAUUUUUCUCCCGUGUUCUGAAGAUUAGUAAUCCCAUCGAAGUUUUUGUUGCAAUUAGUGAGUGCAAAAACUUUUUCCUCUUGAAAAACUUCAGUUUUUGUGACGUCGAAUCUUGGUUCUUUUGGUUCAAAAAGAGCAGAAAAAAGUUGCGUAGGUAAGAGAAGAGGUAACGAGAUACGACAGGACAGCUGUCGCUUCUUGAGGGUCUUCAAAUGUUCUCAAACAGCCUUUUUUCAUGAGAAAGAAUCAAAUUGGUGGAAUCGACCUAAAUUGAGCAACUACGUCAUGAUUAUGUCGUGGGAAGCGUGAUUAUUCAAUAAGUUCAUUAGUUUAAUUGAAGGGAAUCAACGUGAACUUUUCUAAAGUUAACAUACGUUGCAGUUAGUUUGUCAUAAUAUCUCAUUUGUAUUUUAUUUUUAAAAGCUCUUCACUACGCGUAAACCGUUUUGAGUCGCAGGCGAUCGCUUUUGAUAAUUCCAAUUUUUCAGUCAAAAUACAAUUGAUAAAUCUAUACAAUAAAGUGGUGUUUUCCUUAAAUAUGAAUAACUUUAUUGAGCAUUCUACCUUGUUAUUUCGAAAUUCAGACUUUCUUUUAGUUAAUCAAGUUUAAUGUAACCUUUGAGAGCUGUUGGGUUGACAUGAAAAGUUGAAAAAAACGGACUUCGGAUUUUUUUAUUUAUACUGGAAACGUUGUUCUCCAUUAUUCAGAACCAUUAUUUUUGUAAUGUAGGUCUUAUUUUAUAUUUUUUUGGAUUUUUUUCGGCCCUUGAAGCACUUUUAUAACAAAUACAUAACUACGAAAAUCAUAAGUAGGUACAAAUUUUGAACAAAGAUGAGCCUAGGUUUUUUUCUUUGCAUUUUGAUGAUCUUAGAAAAAAAGAGUUUCACUCAAAAAUCAUCACUCUUUUAAGAAAACCCACCUACUGUUGUAUGUAUCGGAUUUCUCGCUGAGGACUUACUACAUUUCCAGCUUGUAUCGAGGUCGACGCACGCUCUUUCAAAAUUUUCUCAAUAAUUUUCUUUUUUUUACGAACUGAGUUAGUUUUUUUUUUUCAUUUGUUUGAUAUUGGUGAAUCAUCUCGCGACUAAUUUUCCAUCCGGGGGCGUUUAUCAGUCGUUGCUUCGAAAGCUUGAAAUCUUUUUCAUGCUUGGAUGAGUACUGAAAAGGUCGCUGGUGGGCGAUUUCUUGACAUUACCGGGGAAGAUGAGAGCGGAAAAAAGGCGUUUUGGGGUUAGACUCGUCGAAAAUGAGCACAAUAUAUGUGUCUCAUUUUGAGCCGUCCUGCUAGGUUUUGAAACGUUUUGCCUUUUUUGAGAUGUCCUCUUCAAAAAGUAAAAUCUUCAGCUAACUUUUCUGGACGAUAGCUUACUAAUCUUUCUUUGUUAUAAUGAUGUAGCAACUUUUUAAAUUCCAUUCAGAAAAAGGAUGAACUUGUAAAAAACUAUAUUGCUAGCUGAGGAAUCAGUUUAAUGGCAUCAAAACUUGUUUCGAAAAUAUAUUAGCCAUUUAGAAAGCAACUACUUUAUUAGUCUUUACCUGAAGGAAAUGUAUGGCUAUAGCACUUCUGAAAUUUCUUGCUGGUACAAUAGUUUUGAAAGAACCAAAAUUUGCAUUGAAUUCAGUUAACUAAAGAGGAAUUUGGUCUAUUGACCUUUUAAAUACCACAGAAAGGAUUUUAAACAAGUGACAUUUUUUUCAAUCUUUCAAGCAUUCAGCUUCAUUUGGAACUUUAAGAUAUUAACUGACUUGAUGAAAAUUUCUUCAUAUUUCGCCACAGAUGUCGUUUUAUAGCCGCAAUUAUAUUGACACGUCGUUUUUGCAAAUUUCUCGGCCGCGUAUCAGAUUUCAAUUGGUCGGUCCUCGUCGACAUCUUGGCCCCUUCUUUCCAUUUUCAGUUCGACUUGACUUGGACUUUUUUUUCCUCUCCUUUUUUUCCCAUGUUUGUAUAUGCAGAUGAGCGCGCUACUGGCGUCGUAUUUGACGCUACGCGCGGAUCGCCGGGCCGAAGCCGCACUCCUUCUGAUGGGAGCCUCCACAUCCAAGUCUUCGGCCGCCCAUGCAGCAGGUCUGACUCCAGAGUUUUAUAUUUGAGAGACUAUUCGAUGGAUCUCAAGCUCCAUACUUUUGAAUUCUUAAUUUUUGUUCUUAUUUUUUUAUUGCUGGCUUAGCCUUGGAUGAAGUAGAUUAGGCUGGCAAAAUUUAAGUAUAAUCUCUUUGCAGUAGAGUUGAAAGAAAUCAGCCUGAUGAUACCAAAAAAAUUAAUGGAAUCAGUUUUUUUUUCUGAUUUUCCUGAGCGUAGGCAGCGAUGUCUGAUUCCGAACUCUUUUCACCUGUUAACUUUUCGGAAAAUUCCUACCAUUUUUGACUUCCACUGUAGAUUCGAUUUUUUAAUAGUUUUCAUUCUACGCUUUACAUACAAAACCUGAGGAGACUAAAUCAAUCUCCCCAAAGGCAAUCUUCAAAGCCUACGAAAAAUUUCAAAGUAGUCGCUUCAAAUCACGAACUGAUCUUUGUCUUUUCUGUCUAAUUUCUUGAUUUUGGACGGCUUUCAUAGUUUCUGAGAUCUUUUGUUCAAGUUUCUGUUUUUGAAGGUUCCAUUGAUGUUCUUUUCUCUCAGACUUGCUCUGAACUGACCCACCAAAAAUAAGUUUAAACCUACUGGAAUAUUUCAGUGAAGCGGUUAAGGAUCUCGAUUUGUAGGAUUUCGCACUUGAGUCACACCAACAGCAUCGAUUUUCACAUCUGCCAUACUAGUGGACCUAUAAAACUGAUGACAUCGGUUUUUUACGAGCUUCGUUCUGAAUUUAUAGCGAUGAGGUGUAAUAUCCUAGAACAAAUGCGCUGAAAAAGGCUCAAAGAUGUACGCUGGAAGUUAUGGAUUGAAGAUAUUCAAAAAAUUUUAUAUUUUCCUAAUAUUGGUACUACUAGAAAAUAGAGAAAUAUAAUCGAUAAUUUUUUUAUAAGAGAACCUAACACUUCUGUCCAUCCAAAGGAUCUACAGGAUCAUGGCAGUUUCAUAGCUUUAUUAAAACCAUCAAAUAAAAUGACCGAAUAAAUCGUCUACAUCAAAAACGACAGUGGCAAGUCACACGACAGAAAGGACAGAAGGGUCUGAAGAUGAGAGCGAUGGUUGGAUAUGGCAGUAGUCCUGGAAGUCAUCGGAAAGACUUGACGGAACGCAAAGAAACGUGGAAGACGAUAUAAGUCGAAACGACGACGCAGCCAGACUCCGCCCAGCAUACAUGAAACUGAUCGGCUGCCAUAUCGCACAAAUCAAAAAAAGAGGAAGAGAGGCCGUGGGGCAAAAGCCGCUGUUGUUACUCUGUUUCUCUGCUGACCGACCGAUCCGAGAGCUCCAACUGCUGCGGCUCGGCGGCAGGGCUGUCUGUCUUCUUCCUCUUGUUGUGCCGCUUUACCGACUCGCUCCACUUUCCGGCUCCAGUCAAUCGAUCGAUCCCAUAUCAUUAUCACUUUUCCAGUUUUCACUCUCUAGAUGAACUGUCCACAUAGUCUUUAGUACCUUCUCCAAACUUCAAACUGUUAGAACUCUAAAAGUCUCAUGUUGAUAUAUGGUUAGGCUUCAUCUAUAUUUUUUUUUAGUUGGAAAAAUUUCAUUUCAAUAGGAAUUAUAUAAGUUUUUCUUCAUUCUAAUAUUAUCUUUUUUUGAAAGGAAUCAUGGAAAUCGCAUGUGGAUCCGCAAGAAAGCAAAAUUUUUACCUUUUAAAAUGCGGAAUAAUUCAGAAAAUAAUGAGAAUCCAGAAUAAGAAAAAACUUUAGUUCAUUUGGACACAACAAUAAAUAUACAAAAGAUCUUCUCGACUUUGUCGAACCAUCCAGUUUGUCUUCAUUAUUCAAAUUCAUUGUUACUUGUUCUCUGUGAGUCGAACACGCCUAAAUAUCUUUCCUCUGGUUUUUCACUGACCGAGUAGCCAAAAAGCAGCGGUUGUUCAGUAACUGUAACCCGAGAUGCCUACGUGAGCCGCGAUGAACCACCUGAGCGAGUCGGCGUCGUCGACACCGGGGGUCAGCCGCCGCAAACCGGAGAUGGACCUGCUGACAGUGCCAGAAAGUCCUGUUGGCCGGAGACGAGAGCUUUCCGCCGUCUGGGACGACUUCCGUCGCAAGAGCAUCAGCGAGUUGAGUCUGGUGAUGGAGGCUCUCCGCGGAACGCCGUCGCCUGGCUCCUCGCAGUACAUUCAUCCGGAACGGUCGAGCCAGUCCACCGGCAACCUCAACGUCGCUCCGAAGAAGGGACGACGCCGACGGAAGGUUCAGAAGACGUGGCAAGCCAUGACGCCGUCUAA